AUGUCGCGGCCGUCGUCCACCUCGACGAGCUCGGCGAAUGCAUUUCCGAGGCAGGCAGGUGCCACUCUGCUAGCUCCCGAGCCCCUUCCGGAACAGCGCUCGCCCUCACGAUCGACCUUCUCCUUCGAAUCCUCCCCCAAGUCUGUCCAGGGCUCAGACCGAGCUGUCCUCUUCGACGACCUCAGGAAUACCAGGCCUGCAAGUCGAGGUGCACAGAAGCUAAGCGAUGCCGCGGCCCAACCAGGCAACGCCGGCUCGCGUCGGCGUGCGCAGUUCUACGAGGAGCAGUUCGCCUACAAGGAGGACACGACGUCGUCUGCCCGCGAGCGCGUGACCAAGGAUGCUCCCAUCGUCGCAGAGCUCCGGACCAAUGUUAUUAUUAAGGAUGAAUAUACUCUAGUUACGGACCUGUCGCACCACCUCUCAACGCGAUACCAGAGACCCGAGUCGUCCAUCAUGAUCACCGUCAACCACUCUGCGUGUCUCCUGCUUGGCGGCUCUUUCGAACCCACCUAUGUCCUCAGCAUCACCGCCUUGCCCGUCCAAUUGCAGCCCACAACCAACAAGCGCAAUGCUGCCCUCAUCCAGAACUUCAUGUCUGAGUCCAUCGGUGUUCCAUCCGAGCGAGGCAUCAUCAAAUUCAUCUCCAUCCAGGAGGAAUGCAUUGCAACCAACGGCAUGACCAUUCUGGGCGACAUUGAGCGACUGGAGCGCCAGCAGGCCGAGGAAAAUGGCAGCGGUCUGAAGAGGGCUCUUACGAAGAGUUCGCGGCGCUCUGCUGUUACCAAAGCCAAGAGUAGCAUCCAGCUCUCUCGUAACAAUUCUAAGGCUAACCCGGGUGGAAGGCCAGUUAUCACCCCUCCGCUUCCUAGCCCUGGACCGUUCGACUCUGGAGUAGCCGUCGACAAAGGAUCCGAACCGACUUCUCUUCAACCUAUUGACAGCAAGCUCAACCACAAAGGAUCCGUGCAGCACAAGCCUCCCAAGCACCUUAACGAGAAGGCUGGUGCCAAGGAUACGAUAACUAUCCCUCCUCCGCCGCCUAUUCCGGAGGAGGCCCCCGCCCCCAAGGUCAGCAAGCGAAAGAGUCUGAUUGCAAUCUUCCGGCGGUGA